AUGUCGGUAGCUACCAUCGCCUCACAACGAACGUUCUAUUGGUCUGUACGUAAUUUCAUAAAUCUCACUUUGAAUAAUCCACAAGCAGCAGCUCACUUGUCAACUGACUCUUCUUCAUUCCAUGGGAGAUUGAGAUUUAAUCCAUUCGUUUGGUUUCCUGUGAUGGCUCAUAAAUCACCUCCACAACUGUUUUUUAAUGGAACAUCAGGGUAG